UUGACCUGCGGUUGGGAUCAGAGCCCCCCAAAAAGUCACGGGGCCGAUAGGGACCUUGGGGUCAAGGCAGACGAAGAAGAUCAUCAUGACUGAUAAUGUAGAGGGACAACAUCUGGCACGAAGGGUUGGCACCAGCGCCGGGAGGUGAUCGUCCCAGGUUGGCACUCGAUCCGAACCAGCAGUGAGUGCGUAUCUGUGAUGGCACCGUUAUGGUGGCAGUGGUGGUAGCGGUGAAGUAGUGGUGGCAGUGGUAGUAAGAUUUCGGCGGCAACGUUGAUACCGGCGCUGUGGUUGAGACACUGAUAGCCGUAUCGCUGGGAGAGACUGAUGUGCCGUUACAUUAACAGCGAUAUGGCGUGUGGCCUUGCAGUACUGUGGCUCUGACGAGAAUCCUUGUUUUUGCGGCGCUGGUCGGCGAGGAAGGAGACGUCGGUGGUGGCAGCGCCGUCGCGUGGGCGGCUUUUAUUCAUUAUCGGAUUAAGUGAUGGAAAAAAUAUCUCACAUUCUACUUUCCACAUCUGAUACACAUAUAUGCCUUCGAGUAUAUAUAUCUUUGGUAUUGUAUAAAGAUGCCACGUGUUAAAACUGAAAGGAAGUGAAAGAAGUGCGAAGAGACAAGAAAUCUGAAUAAAAAAAGAGGAAAUCGUCGAGCACAAACACGUGGGAGGGAGAGAAAAAAAAUAACCAAGACUGUACUUCACCUGCCACUCGGCCCUUCACUGUCGUGUGUGCAUGAUUCUGCAUGAUGUGUGUGCAGUCGUGUGCUCAUAACCAGCCAUUGAUCUAUAUACCAAGACUUAGAUAUUUUAAACUGUAAUCAACGUUUGCGCACGGACAAGGACUUAAAGUAGAGAAAAAAACGCAAGUGCUGGCACACACGGGUGAGAAUCAUUCUAACAAACACAAACAAAUUCAUACAAGCACGCGCAUAAACACAACAGCGCAAGGACACCCCGUGGGAGAAAGAAGAAUACCCGCCAGUCACACUCCCGGAAAGGGUGAUGGCCGUGGCCGCGGAGGAUGCGGGCGUCACUCUCGUCUCCUUCAGCCGCAGUAGGCCCACCCACCGCACCUGCCAUCGCGCCCACGAACCAUCUCCUCCCCCUGGGUUCCCCCGGGUGGGCGGUCGAAGGCCAGGUCGCUCGGGCCGCCGCUCGCUCUCGCGCCUGCUGGGGCGCUGCGCCGACACUCAAGAGGAGGACGAGCCCCACUAUUCCGGCGGCUCCCGGCUCCCGAGUACCCCCCGCCACGACCCCCCAGAGGCUGCGCAGGCCCCCCUGCCGCCCCCGCACCCCGGUCACCCCCGCGGCCUUCCCUCGGUCGUCGCGGACGCGGAGCGCCACUGCCCCGCCACGCCUGACGCCCUCCCGCGCCUCGGCCCCUCCCUGCCGGACCUUCCGGACUCGCCGCAGCACGACCGCGACAAGAUAAAGUUGGUGGGAUUCAAGCGCUCGCACUCCUUCUGCGUCGAGGCCCAGCGCCCCGCCGGGGGGCGUCCCCCCAGCGUCUCCCACAGUGCCGCGUUCGGCGCCGACAGCGGCGGGGCGGGCGAGGCACCGUGGCCGCAUGAGUGCCACACGCUGAAGACGUCCCGGGAGGUGAAGAUGGAGCGGGAGCGGCUGCGGCGCAGCCGAGCCGGCGACACGGCGGCCGCGGCGCUGUGGUCCAACAUGGACAAGGACGACGUCUUCGCCAACUUCAUGCGGGAGAGCCAGAGCCGCUUCAGUAGCCUGCUGGAGGAGCGAGGCUUCACCCACAUCCCUCCGCCCGCGGGCUUCGGGGCGCCCACACGCCCCACUUCGCUCCUGGCCGCCCUCGCCUGCGGCCCCACGAGCCUGGACGAGGCGGAGCUCUCGGGUGCGGCCAGCAGGCGGGCGGCCUCCCGACGGGCGGCCUACACCAUGAAGCGCUCCGCCACGGGCGGCUUUCCCCCGCCCCCCCAGCCCCAGCCCACCCACGCCCACGAGGACAAGGAGAACCAGCAUGAGGACGCCCGCGCGUCCUCCGAGGCUCUGCCAGAGACGUCCUCCCCCGCCCCUCCGCCUCCCGCUUCCUCCUCCUCCUCCACCUCCGCUCUCAAGGAGGAGGUGGAGGAGGAGGAGGAGGGGGGGCCGUGGGGGGAUCUCCCUGCCUCCCCCCUGAGCCCGCCCUCGCCCUUCCACCAUCCGUUCUUCCGACGCCAGCUGGGCCUCCCAACGCCCGUGGCCGACCCCUGGGCGCGCUUCUCGGGCUUCGGGAUGCCUCGCCUGCCGCAGGUGCUGCUCACGCACGCGCAGGCGCAGCAGGAGGCGGCGGCGGGGGGGCGGCGCGGCGAGGAGUGGGGGGAGGAGCAGGGAGGGGGAGAGGGAAAGGAGUCCGAGCGCGGAGCGGAGGACGAGGGAGAGGGCGGGGGAGGGGGAGGGAGGGACAGAGUCGAGAGGAGGAGGCACAGUGCCAACCCCUGUGUGGCGCCCCGGGGCUCCUACUGCGUCUCCGCCAGACACAGCGUCGUCAGAUACUGCAACGACACCCACAGCUACAAUCUCCCCAGAGUGUGCACGGAGACGCAGUUCUUCAGCGAGGAUUUCGGCGAGGGCGUUAGUGAGACCGAGAGCGAGGAUGAAGAGGAGUUCGUCACACCCACGGGCGGCGUGGGGGGCGUGGCGGAGGGCAGCACGAACACCCACCAAGCUCAGACCUCCGCCCACGCCCAAAGGUCGUCGUCGUCGAGAUCGGGGUCGCGGCCGCCUUCGCCCUCCGCCGGCAAGACUCAGGCGCGAUCUCAGUCCCGCCCGCACUCGCCCCUGUCCGACAUGGACACCGAAUCCAAGAGGAACUCUCAGGCGGUCAGCACCGAACCCUCCGAGAUCGACGACCACAGUUCCGUCAGGAGCAGUGACCUAGAGUCGUGCCACGACCUUUCCUCCCCACGGUCUUCCCUCUUGGCACAGGACACCGCAAGCGUGCAUGAGCUCGAUCACACUGUAGAUGCGCGCAAGGACAAGGCCUAUAGGAUCGCUCACGAACUCCUCAACACCGAGAGGACGUAUGUGAAGGUCCUUCAUCUCAUUGACCAGGAGUUCCAGUUCCGUGUCGACCAAGAGAACCGAGCACACCACCUCUUUCCAGCUGACAUCAUCCCCCAGAUGUUUUCCAAUGUCAAGUCCAUCUACAAACUCCACCAUGACUUCCUUCUCCCACAGCUCGAGGAACGCAUGGCUCAGUGGGAACAGAACAGAAGAAUCGGUGAUAUAAUGAAAAGUUUUGCUCCAUUCUUGAAAAUGUAUACUGAAUAUGUGAGAAACUUUGACAAUGCAAUGACGAUCAUUAACGCUUGGCAAGCCAAAUGUCCAAGAUUUUCUGCAAUCAUGGAUGAGAUACAUUCAAUGGAAGUGUGUGGCAACCUUACCCUGCAGCAUCAUAUGUUGUCACCUGUACAACGCAUCCCUCGUUAUGAAAUGCUGCUUCGUGAAUACUUAAAGAAACUCCCGGAAGAUUCUCCAGACCGCCAUGACACAGAGAAGGCUCUUCACCUGGUUUCAACAGCAGCUAAUCAUGCCAAUGAUGCCAUGAAGAAAAUUGACAAGUUUGAGAAACUUCUGGAGAUCCAAGAGAGUCUAGGAGGAGCAGUUGACCUUGUCUCCCCAACAAGAGAGCUUGUCAAGGAGGGGAAGAUUAUAAAGAUUUCAGCUAGAUCUGGAGACCAUCAGGAGAGAUAUGUCUUUUUGUUAACAGACUUAUUGCUACUGUGUUCACCACGUCUGAUGGGAAGCAGAGUGAUGAGUGGGCCACAAUAUCGUCUCCGGGCCAGGUACAAUGUGGAGAACCUGCAGGUGCAUGAGGGAGACAACCUGGAAACAGCAAACACAUUUUACAUCAGAGAUGAUAAUAAAUCUGUUGAACUCUACACACAAACCAUAGAGGAGAAAGAGCAAUGGCUAGAAGCACUCUUCAGGGCAAUUCAUGAGACUUACCAAAGGAAGUCUUCACUGAAACUCCACUGUAACCCAGACCAGCGUGUUGUGGACCUCGACCUAGGACAGAAGCAGCCCACAUUGAUCCGUUCAGACUCGGUUACAAAAUGCAUGGAGUGCGGGAGCCAAUUCACCAUGGUGCGAAGGAAGCACCACUGCAGGGCAUGUGGAGCAGUGGUGUGUAGCAAAUGUUCCAGCUUCAAGGCCAGUUUAGCUUAUGACAGUGGCAAGAAUGUCCGUGUGUGCCGGACUUGCCAUGCAACUUUGCAGGAGCUGUCAUCAUCCACUGCAACGCCUUCUCCAGAGAUAACCGAGGGGGAUGAGUGCUCAAUACACACAAUUAAAGAACCUCCUGAUUUAGCUUUUAGAAGUAGGGGAGUUUUAGAGGUUUCAGCAGCAGCAGAUGGCGCUGUGGCUCAAGGUUUCCUCCAACUCAAGACACAUCGCAAAGCUUGGGUGAAACGGUGGUUUGCUCUGCACACUGAUUUCGUUCUUUAUUCCUUCAAGUGUGAUAUGGACGAUCAGGCACUCACAGCAACACCAGUACCUGGGUUUACUGUCACACACCUUCAGGGCACAAGAAAUGAAAGUGGUAUUAAUGAUAAGGAAAAAGAACGGGCAUUUAAGCUGCACCACUCCAAGAAACAGUAUAUAUUCCUGGCAGCUUCAAAGGAGGAUUCUUUAAGAUGGGUGGCAGCACUGAAGAAAGCUUCACAGGCAGAGUUGCCAUCUCCGGUUCAAUGACGAGAGAGGCAGGUGAUCGAAGCCCUCAUUACAUGUCUGUGAGAACAACCACACUUGCACACACACACACACACAAACAUACGUACACUCAAGAUAUUAAAUAUGUACUCAAGUAUACUGUAAUGCACCUAAGUAAAUACUGGUAUUGGAUGUUAGUACAGUCAGGAAUAUGACAGUCUUUAGAUUUCCUUAAUGAGGUUUAGUCAGUAUUGGAAUCCCCAUAUUGAAUCCCAAAUAAGAAGUAAGAACAUAGCUAAAUUUCUGAGCUACUGAUAAAGAUACAGAAGAAUAGUUUAUUAAAUACUAUGCUGCAGAAAAAGGGAAACAAUAUAGAGCUGGACCUUUUAAGGCUUAGGUAUUAAGUCAUAUUCCUGUUUGAUGAAAUUAGUAUUUCAUACACCAGCUGUAGACUUCAUACGUCCAGAAACCGCAUAAAUGUUGUGACAUCCAGCAUUUGGAACUAAGGGGAUGAAACGAAGCAUCUGCAAGCCAACGGGGAUAUGAUAAUCAAAAUUAUUUAUUGAUGUCGAUGUUGCAAGCAAAAAAAGUCAAUAUAAACUACUCGUCUCCUCUUUCUUAAUCUGCUCUUGGCGUGGGCAAGGUGUUCCAGUUUGAUUUUUUAUUGUUUUGGCUGUGAGUUGUCUAAUAUGUGUUUGGGGAUUUAGGUUACAAAUCUCUCUCCUAAAUGGUUUUAGCAAUUUGUUUGUAUAACUUCAUUUAUCUUUUAAAUUUUAGUAUAAGUGAAAGGCUAAGGGGAAAAAUCAAAUGAGAACAUCAUAUUGACAGUUGGUAUUUUUAGUAUGUAUAUUUUCUUGUAAUUGGAAUCUGUGUCUUUUCCUCCUUUUUUUAUUUACCUUCAAUUCAAGGUUUAUUUUAAAAUAAGGGAUUUCUCUUCAGAAUUGAGUUAUUUGUUGGUUUUCUGUUUUAUUUCUUUUUUAUAUCACACAUUUUCAUUUGAGUAAACCAUAUCUAUGAUAUUCAUUAAGAAUCUACCAAAAUAGGCCUUCAUUUGCUGUGAUUUAAAUCAUAUCAGGAUAUGUUAAUUGAAUGAACAGCUUUGGAAUUUUAUCAUGACAAAAAGAAUUUUAAAAAUCAGUGCCAAACAAAUUCUUGCUACACUGCCUUCUAAAUCUCUUAAGCUGUCUAUUCGUUCUUAUGGAUUACAAGUGACAGUCGAGUGGUGGUGUAACCCGUGGACUUACUUUGUGUAGACUUCGGGCAGAGUGUGAGAAGGGAUGGGAAUGCUUGUAUGUCUAGAUUAAUCCUAGGAUGUACACCAGUGAUUGGGAAUGGUGUUUUAGUGGCUUCUAGAGUCAAGUUAAAGUGUACAUGUGUGAUGGAAAAGGUAUAUAGUGGCUUUUAGAGUCAAGCUGUCUUUAUGGCUUAUUGUCAUAGAAUCUUGUGCACCUUUCUUCUAUGCUUUAAAAUGCUUCAUCGUGCUUCACUUAUCUUGUUUGACAUUGUCUGAGUGCUCUACAUUUCCUUUGGAGUUAAUCAAGGAGUAUCUUUAGCACAGACAACUUGUAAAAGAUCAUAAUUUUUUCUGCAUUUCUUCAAGAAGUGCAUAUUAGAAACUGUAUUGGAGUGUAGAGUGUUUCAAGACAAUGUAUUAUGGUUGGAAAACUUAACUCAUUAAACAAAAUGAAUAUCUCAAGCAGUGCAGUAUUUUCAGUAACUAUUUAGUGCUUGAAUUCAUUGUUAGAUUUUUCUUUUGAUAUGCAAAAUUGAUAAAUUGAUUACUAAUUGAACUAAACAAAACAAAAAAAAAACAAAAAAGAAAACUUGGGCUUUCAGUUCUAACAAGCAUUACACAUCAGACAGGUUUGGUUGCAGAGGCUAUUAACUGUCAAAAAAAAAAAAAUUAUCUAUCUUAAAAAAGAAUUGCUUCAAAUAAAAGGCCAAAAACCAUGCUUCUUUUUGUGAGUUAAUUGCAUCUUCAACCUGGCCUUUCACAUCACAAGUUGUACUCACAGAGCGUGUAGAAGCUCGGUCACAAAGCCUCCGCUACCGUACUAAAUAUGUGUAUAAUGUACAGGCUUAUUCACUCACUUUCACCAAAUUGGACAAGAUGCACGCUUAUCUUUUUUUCUUUUGUUUUCUUGCUGUAUAACAGUAAAGGAUGCACAGAUUAUCUAUACUUAAUGCACAAUUCUUAAAGAAUAGCUAAUAUAAAAAUUUGCUCUAGGAAGCAGUAGAUAAAAUUGUUGUUAUAUGUGUUCUGAGUAGGGACACUUCACAUCUUUAUCUCUUUUUGUACAGUAGGGUUUACUGUAUCAACUUUAUAUGUGCCAUAUAAAUGUGUAAAUAUAUGAGUCUCUUAAAUAUUUUCUUGUUUAAAUCAGAAGAUGUGUCAUUAAUUGAAAGUCUCAUGCUUUUUUGUGUGUGGUGGCAGAGCUAUAAGAAGUGUGAAGGAAUUACUGGAUGAAUACAAACAUGUUAUGUAAUGUUACAAUGAAGUUUAGAAUCAUUGAUCAAAUAUUAUUCUGUCAAUAGAGAAGUGGUAUUAGUCAUAACUUUACUUUUAAGUCCUAGAUAUGGUAAGUGUGAUUAUUAUACUGUAUUUAUGAAAUUAAUCUUGAUUCUGACAGCUUACUUCAGAUUUCUGGCUUAACAGUAAUUCUGUAAAAGCAAGCUAUCACUAGGACUAUAUUUUAUUUGCUAUUGAAAUAGAUAAUACAAAAUUCAAAAUUACAAGGAACAUAUCUAUACACAAAUAAGAAAUAUAAUGUAACACAUCCUAGACUAACUUCUUUUCUCUGGAACCACCAAAAAAAAGCAUGUCAUGCAUAACCUUUGAAACAUCUCCUGACCACAACAACUUUCACCAGUUAAUGGAAGUUUUACAUCAUUCAGCAAAUAAAGACAGAGAAGACAAGAUUUCAUGAGAUCUCUUUCAACUUGAUGCCACAACUCUGGUGAAAACCCCUUGAUGUUUGUGUUGUCACCGCACCGAGGUUAUUUAAGAUCUCAGUCUCACUCUCUCCCCAUCUCCUGUCCAUGUGAAGUUCUGCACAUAUGUAUAUAAAGCAGUUAGCCCAGUGAAAACUCGAGAUUUUAAAAUUGUUGCAAACUUUUGUAGAAAAAAGUAAAUCAGGUUUUGGAAUUUAGUAGCUUCAAUGAUAGGAAUGUUCAAACAAAAAUAAAGCAAUAUUUCAGUUGUUAGAUACAAAUACAAAAUAUUUCUUGGUUAGAUAAAGAUAAUAUGAGAUUUUUUGUUCCAUGUAUAUAUUUUGUUUCAGCGUAAUUCUUUUUAAUCCUUAUCUAAAUAAGUCAUCAUUAAGAUUUAUACUUCUCCAGAUCAUAUUAGCUAAAUAUUUUAAGCAACAUACACCAGACACAAUCCCUUACUCAGUGCUGGUAGUGGGACUAUUAUAUACUGCAAGUUUAAGAUAAUUUGCAUAAGUUAAUGGUGCUAUUUAUUUGAAAAGUAGUUUAGAUAUUGGAACCGUGGGGC